AUGUCCAUUGGCGGAAUGACCCCAAUGUCUGAUGAGCACUCUCAUCGCUAUUCUCUCCCCGGUGUACACACAAUCUCCUCUGUUGCCUCAAGUCCGGCUGAUAUGACCGAGGACCGGCGGCUCCCUCCCCUCCCACGCGAGCCUCUGCCUCGAGACCCGUUCAAUCAAUUCCCACAGCGGAUCUUCGCACCCAGCCCGCCGAGCUCACACGACUCCUUCCAGACCAGAUCGCCAUGGCCACCAGCUGAGCAUUCCGUGGUACCCUCAUCCCCCGCAAGCUCUACAGAUUCUUGGCUGGACAGCGUACGCUCUCACACAGAGUUUCAGUGGCCGCCAGCGUGCUCUGUGGAGAAACUACUUAGCCUUAUAGCUCCAAACCCUCGAGCUUUGACCCGCAAAAGGCCUCUUCAGCAGGCUUGCGGCCGAAAGCGCAGAGGGAGUAUGAUUUCUGGAGUUGACGACGAGCAAAAGGAGAAGCACCGCGUUGCAGAGGGCACCAGACGAAAGAACCUGAGCCAGCUUCACCUAGGAUUGGAUUUUCGGCUCGACAACUACUGGCUACGACUGGUAGGAUGGGACGAUAAAAAGAACUUAGCCGAAUCUAAGGAACACAUUUUGCAGGCAUCGAUUAGAUUGAUCGAUUUUAUGCGGUCAUUGAUCAUUCAGUUGGUUGUUAUGUUGAUCGGUCAAGGAAACAACGAGUUACCAUGCUAUUUGCAGGAGAUGAUACAAGAUGGACUUCGUUGCUCGCAGCUUGAGCAGAUGGUCGCUAGUCUUCAACAGCAGAACCAGAUGGAGCAACAGAAGAGCAACUCACUGAGACAAGAGAACCAGAGACUGGAGGAGUGCGUCAAGGCACUGGAGUACCAGGUGAGAACCGGACACAUGCACCGCUCUCCGAAAAGCGAGCAGUCGAGCCCUCAACUAGACACUCUGCUACCGAACAGCAAACCGAAAGCUAUCUUACCCGGCCUUCGAGUCUUUCACAAUGAGAUUACUCCCAACAGCCCAGAUUCCUCUCGGCUAAACACGCCAUCCACCGGAACUUCACAAUCAUUUGGACAGACGUUCCUCAGCCGAACACCUUCGACGACCGGGCCGUCCUCUCCCGUUUUCUCUCAGCCCUCCUACUUUGCGAAUGGCUCACAGCCUCUACCCGGUGCCCAAUCCCCAUAG